GAGAUCCUUUUCACGCCCACCACCGCACCGGGUGCUAGAGUGCUCUCGGCGUAUGAUCGGUUACACAACCAGCAACCUGCGGCAUCAGCUCUCACCGGCGCAGUCGCACCUGACGCGCCGACGCGUAUUGCCGACAACACAACGCGAAUACAAAAAAAAAAUAAAGUGCAUUACAGCCGUUCCGAGUUAUCGAACGAGAAAUAGUGAAGCAGAGAAGAAACGCGUUUUUUUUUUUUUUGAACAAUUCACAUAUCGCGUAUUCUUUUGGACAUUAUUAUUUGUUGUGUUUUUUUUUAUUAAUUAAUUGUACCGAGAUCCGUGUCCGCAGUGAGAGUGGAGUGUGUAGGAAAGUGAGGCGUCCGGAGUAUGCGCUUGUUCGCUUGAAUAUUUUCACUUUCUACUCGACGACGGGACACACAGAACGAUGAUUCCCGUGAUACGGACCGGUGCCUUACUCUGGCUGGCUAUUGUCAUAACGGCCGCAGCAGAGACCAACGAACAAAACACCACGACGACGACGAAGACCAUUCGUACGACGAUACUACCCUCGAAAACAACAAGAACCGAACUAAAAGUAUCAAGAAGUUUGAAUCCUCACGACACGCAAACGUUGAACGUUAGAAGCAAAUCCGGACAUGUCACGCAACUUAUUGUUAAGAAAAAAGAGAAAUCUACCACAGUUCAAAUAAGCAGUACUACCCCAACACCGACAACGGUUUCCAUUAAAACCACUGUAGCUGUAAAUACGACUGAUGAAACAAAAAACAAAACCGAAACGAGAGAUCAAAGGAAACUUAAUUUCUUGGGCACAGUCAACAGUGACCUAGCUGGAUAUGAUUAUUAUUUGAAUCGCAACAAACAUUCAGAAGAACCUAUCGAUGUAAAAGCUGAAUAUGGUAAUUGGUCACCAGUUUCUGUGUACCCUGAAUCUCAUAUUCAAGAAGAUGGGAAGAAACCGGAAGGUGACUCGGAAACCACAAGUUACUAUCCGACCUACGACAAUGAUAAAGUAACUGAGGACAAAAAAGUCUACAUAACUUCAGCCAGUUUCAAAGACUAUGGAGCGCCUAUUACGAAUUAUAGAUUCGAUACACAAAAUCCAGUCAUCAAAAAUGAUAGGAAUCCAGUCUAUAUUGAAGUAGUGAGCACCAAAGUAUCUGAAGGAGAUAAUGAAAGGUUUAAAGUUCCGGAUCCAGUGGUAAUCAAUUCAGAGCCAAUGUACAUAAAGAAAGCAUUAGAAAAAUAUAAUAAUAAGCGUGGUAGAUCUAUUUUAACUCUUGGUGAUGAUGGCAUUCCAGAAAUUCAGGGAAUUAGAAUGCCUGAUGACGAAUCAGAUAAAAAGACAUGGCGCAACGCCAGGGUUGUAAAUGGUGAACUAAUUCCGUAUCCUGAAGGAUAUAAACCUCCAAAAGCAAUUCCUGAGGCUGACGUUUACCCUGACUUAGCAGCCGAUAAUCCCGGACAAAGUUUUGGUCCAUUCACUAAAGAAGACAACUUUGAUUCUAAAGAUGGUCCUUUCACCAAGUUCGACAAUUUGAAAUUUGAUAGCAGCGACGCCAUAACACCUUACACAACAAGUGAAAAUCCGUCAAACUACUACAAACAGAAAAAGGACAAUUACUAUUUAAAGUCAGGUUACGGACCAUUCACUAAAGCCGACAAUUCGAAAGUGGCAAAUUCCAAAUUAAUUGAAUACAUCAAACAGAUUAAUGAUCAAGAAUCGAAGCGAGACUACUUCAGUGGCCGUAGUUCUAGAUCGCAUGAAGAUAUGGAAUUCGCGGAGAGCCACAUUCAAAGACGUAUGCUCCAUCAUCCCGGUGAAGUAAAUUUUCCCAACUCUGUGAUGUAUACUCCGAAGAAUGCCAAGCCAGGUUUCGAUGAAAGCGUAAGGAACCCAAUACUGCAAUACGCUCAUCCGGAGCUCGGCGUGCAACCCGCUAAAGCUACAAGAGACAGCAUCGACAAUAACUACGACAACAAGGGACGUAAAGUUAUGUAUUAUACCAUGAAUGUUCCCAAAAGCGCCCACCCUUACCCUAUGGAACCUGUUAAUGGGUACGGACAACAGCGCUCCCAGAAAAAUAUCAACGCCAAUAAAUAUUAUGAAGAUGAAUAUAACAAAUUCAGGUACUACGAAAACGCUUAUAACUCACAUGAAGUGCCUAGGUAUCCUUACAACAAUUAUGGUUAUUUGAAACGUACACCAGAACCCUCCCUAUGGAAAAGAUUCACAGAUUCGAUCAAAGACACAAUGAACACAGCCAGCCAAACAGUUCAUCAAUUGACUAGGCCCAUCAUCGACCCGAUCGCCAAAGUAACUCAACCCGUAUUCGAACCAAUAGUUGAAGCUACACAUAAAAUAUCCAGCAACUUAGGUCUUUACCCGAGCAAUUCGAUUCAAACUCAAAGAUAUGCCCAAGACAAAAUCGGUGUAGCCGCUGUAUCUUCGGGAGCUCCCGCUAUGCUACCGGCUCUCGGAUUGAUGGCUGGUGGUGCAGCAUUAGGUCUUGGGGCUGUCGCAGUCGGAAAACUUCUCGACGUUAACCUAAUGAGAAGUGCAGGACUAAACGACGAGGAGAUUCAAGACGAACUCGAGAAAGAACAUAAACGAUCUUUUGAGGCGUUUGACGUGGACCGCCAAAUACUAAGCACCCAAAAGAUAUAUGACGACAACUACAAAAUGCCCAGUGAAAAUGUGUACGUGGUGAUGUCACCAGACAACAGUCAAGGUAGAGCUAAGAGGGAAACUCUUAGCUUCUUUGCAGAACCAUAUAAUGGCCAAGCUUUGAAGCGUGUGAAGAGAAGACACGUCAGAUCAAUCAACGAUAUGUCUGAAGAUCUGCAGCACGUGGACGUAUCACCACCGCCUUCUCUGACAACCUCCGCAAUGGACUUAAUAAAGCAGACCGACUGGAGAGAUUCACAAUGUGCCAAGUUCACAUUCUGCACUGUCCUUACAUCACAGUCUGAUGAUUCUAUCUUUGGAAUGGAAAAGAAGAUGGCAUCAUUAAUAAAAAUGAUUUCAUUUGGCGCUGACCCCAGCACCUCAUCAGUGGCUCAUCAGCUCGGAGAUGUCAUGGCGGCGAGCCGGGACCACGACUGCGGCCGGUUCCAUUGCCAAACGCCCUGAUCUUAUCCUGCAUUGAGAGAAGACUUCCAGGCGUGACGUCAUAUGUGUCUAAAACUUCGCUAUUAUGUUUCUUUUAUUCUAAUGUCUGAGUGACUUCGAUAUUUAUGACCAGUAACAUAUCGUUAACAGAAAAGCAAUUAGAAGCUUCGAGCACCGAUAAAAACCUCAUAAUAUCAUUUCACAUACAAAAAAAAACAGCUACAAGUGAAAUAGGUUAAAUUUCAAACUACCUACACUGCAGUUAAAACCUUUUUGUUCCUAGUGAAGUCACGGACCGCGGCUACACGCAAUAAAAGCAGAAAUUAAACUCACAUCCUGGUGAAAUAUAAUCGUGAUUAAUAAUUUAUUAUUCUAUUUAUUCUACGAUGUAAGCUAAUUGUAAUUUAUUAAUAAGAUGUAACUAUUUAUGAUAAGAUUCGCGAAAAUGUUUUACAAAUAAAAUUAAAACGUAAUUACGUACGUAACCUGUAGAGAUCGUUGCUUAGAUUUAAGUCAAAUUAAAUGGAAUACAUAAAAUUACAUAAUUAAAAUACAUUUUAAUUUAUCACUAGAGGUCCCGCAGUAGUCGAAAUUCGACUAUAAUUAAUUGGAAUUGUAAGUUUGUACACUAUUAUGAUUGUAUUUUAUACUCCUAUAAUCACAAAUUUCGCCAAGACUACACUAUAUAAAAUAUUAAGAAAGAAAAACCAUAUUCUAUUCUCAAUUUGACAACAGACGUCAAGAACAAAAGUUUGACAAUAAAUAGUAUGCAUGCGUGUGUGCGUCAAAUACAUGGUAUGUAGUGUGUGUAAAGUUUUAUUUAUUGAUUUAAUGUAUCUUUUAUGCAUUAUUUUUAAAAAAAAUUAGUUUGUGCACUUCUUCUCUAUAUUCUCUAUAAGUGUGAAAAAUUUCAUACUCCUCCGUCCGCGCAAUUUAUUUAAAAAGGGAUAUAAAGUUUUUGCUUCACGUAUUAAUAUAUAGAUAAUUAUAAUUAAUUAUGAUUGUAAAACAUUUCGCAAAUCAUAGAUAUAUCCAGCGCAUCCGCAUCACAGAAGACGAUUUACACAAAAUUAUGUAACUCGAUAACUGUUUAGCGGUCAAUGGAUAAUGUAUUUAUUGUUACCAAAUAUGUACUUAUUUAUGUUUUCGAUUCGAUUAAUGUUUAAUUUAUUUAUUUUAACUUAUUCAGUUCUAAUUCAAUCUCUCAACGCAUUUGAGUGAUGAGUAAAUGAGAUGAUAAUAAAAUAUCGCGAUUUUGGAAUAGAUUUUAACAACAGUUAGCCCUACACAAUUAUCUUUAAAACAUUCCAGACGUAACUUUGAAUUCAAAUUGGCUGGAUAAAACUGACAAAAUAAAACAUAGAAUUUAUCUAAAUUAAUACAAUUUAUUGACAAGUUUAUUUGAAAUUUUUCAUAUUAAAGUGAUAUAAUUAACGUUUUAAUAUUUAUUGUAUUAAAAAAAUUAACGUGAAAUUACAAAUGAGAAUGUUUACAGAUUACACUCUUUUUUUAUUCUAAUAUUUUUAGAGCCACAUUUCAGAAUAGACUUUUUCUCACUAUUUAAUUAAUCGGAACAAAAUGUAUGAAAGCUCUUCAGCUCCGCACUAAUUAUUAAUUUAAACUCUAAAAUUACAAGAUUAUCAACGUAUAAUAAUAAUAAUAAUAUUUAUUUAAUUCACGUAAGAAAAACCGCUGUAAAUACGCUAAUUUUAAUGUAAUAAAUUAUUUAUUUAUUUUUUUACGAAUAAAUGAAAGCAAUAUAAAACAAAUA